UUCUGUAAUUAUAAUUUGACUAUGGUAGUGUCAUUGCAACAAUUACAGACGUGCAUUUAACGGUUAGAAAUUAAUGUGAUUUCUUUGUUAGGGAUCAAAUUACAAUGGAUUCCAAUGACUUUCAGAUCAGAUUAAUUAACAAUGAAAAGGGCAAAGGUCUUUUUGCUGUACGUUCAUUUAAAUAUGGAGAUACAAUUCUAGAAGAAAAACCUAUAAUUUGUUGUCAAUUCUCAUGGAACUUAGACUUUGGAUACUUAGCUUGCGACAAUUGUUUAAAACCUUUAGAAACUGCUGAAGAAAAUGUACGUAGAUUGACUGCAAACUCAGCAAUUAUUUUACCUUAUCCAGAAUGCUGCGAAACAAAAAAAGAUUUGAUUACAGAAUGCCCUGAAUGUGGCACAAAAUAUUGUAGUAUUGAAUGCCAGAAUGAUGCUUAUUCAAGAUAUCAUAGUACAAUAUGUUUACAAUCGAGAGAAAAGGAUGAGUCUCAUCCCUUGGUGCAAUUAAAUGAAACAUGGAAGCGAAUGCAUUACCCACCAGAAUCAGCAACAGUGAUGUUAUUAAUUAAAAUGAUAGCUCUUGUUAAUCAAGCUGAUAAUAAAGAAGAGAUGCUUUCAACUUUCUCACAAUUUUGUCAUCGUACAGUUAAUGAUACGCAUGAAAUUGCACAUAAAUUACUAGGAGAAAAGUUUAUUGGACAAAUUGAAGUGCUCAGACAAAUGAUGCAGAAAGCCGUAAAUAUAGAAUUUACAGAACAUUGGUUUACACCAGAAGGUUUUAAAAGUCUAUUAGCUUUAGUAGGUACAAAUGGUCAAGGAAUUGGAACUAGUGCAUUUGGUCGUUGGGUUAAAAAUGUAUCUGCUUUGGAAUUACCAAGAGAUGAAAGAAUCCAAGUUGAUAAAUUAAUAGAACGAAUUUAUGAUGAUCUGGAAGAAGCGGUAGCUUUUUUUUUGAACAAUGAAGGUUCUGGUCUUUAUAUCUUUCAAUCAUCAAUAAAUCAUAGUUGUGUACCAAACGCAGUUGUGGAAUUUCCUUAUUCAAACAAUGUAUUGGUUCUAAAAGCUAUACGUGAUAUUCAUCCAGAAGAAGAAAUAUGCAUAAGUUACCUUGAUGAAUGUUGUCUAGAAAGAAGUAGACAUUCUCGACAGAAAGUCUUAAGCUCUUUAUAUUUAUUUCAUUGCUAUUGUAAUAGGUGCUUAUCGCAAGUUAAUAAUCCAGAUAUAACAUCAGAAGAUGAAAUAGAUGAUGACGACAUUUCCAGCUGAAAAUACAAAUUUUUAUUAUAUACAUACAUAUAAAUAAAUUUUUUAAUAUUCGUAUA